AAAAAGCUUUCUCGCCCAAACUCCAUUUCUCCGUCCUCUCUCAUGCGGCGCACUACAUAUACACACGCAAUUCUCAGAACACUUCACCUGCCAUUUCUUCCGCUGCUGAGCUCAUAAAACACAUCGAGGAGGAGAAUCCCAGACUUAUGUCCGGAACAGUGCAGUCGAUGGGUGGCGUCGGCCGGUUGUCCCUGACGACGGCCACCGGGAUCAUGGUCGCCGCGGUCAUCGCCUUUUUACUGAUCUUUGUCCUCGCCUUCUUCAUGUACCUCCGCGCCAAGCACUGCUGGGGCGCCAUCCCGGUCUCCCGCGGCGCCCCUGCCUCCUUGGCCUCCGCGCCGCGGCUGCGCGGCCUCGAAGUUCCCGCCGUCGCCGCGCUCCCUUCGGUGCUGAUCCGCUUCGGGGGCUUGAAGGAUUGCGCCGAGUGCGCGGUCUGCCUCUGCGAGCUGUCGGAAGGCGACGCCGCGCGGCUGCUGCCCAAGUGCGGCCACGCCUUCCAUGUCGAGUGCAUCGACAUGUGGUUCCUAUCCCACUCCACCUGUCCGCUCUGCCGCAGCUCGGUGGAUCCCGAGGUUGCCGAUCGCGACGCUCGCUCAUCGGAAUCAUCGCCGGAUUCUGCGGCGAAUGUGCUGCUUUGUGCCUCGGACGAUCAGGUUAAUGGCCCAAGUUCUCUCGCGAGCUCCAGCACUUUGAGCUCUUCUUCUUCAGAGGAAGCAUCGGUGAUCGAGAUACCGAGGAGAGCGGUGGACGGGUUCCAAACUCCGAAUUCGCCAUUGCCCGUGAGAAGUCUCCCAGAGGAAGAGACCAGAUCGCCCACAGCACCGACGUCGAGAUCACAGGGAUGUUAUACGGGGACGAGUUCACGAAUGGCUGCCGCAUGAUGCAGAACGUAUGCUUCACUGAGUCUGUCGAAAGGUUUAGCAUCAACAUUUCCAUUAGAUUUGCACAGGUAGUAAGUAGUCGAUCUAUGUCAUGUCAAUUAGGAAUUCCAUAACAAGGAUGAAAACAAGUGCAUGUGCAUAUGUUUUGCCGAUUGUAAAGAAAGGCAUUUGGGGGUAUUUUAGAAGCUUGGAA